AUGUCGAGACACCGCGUGAAAAAUGUUGGAUACGAUGACGAUGAUUAUUCCGAUGAUGGUUAUGACUCGCCUGAUCCUGAAGAACAGGAACACUUACAACGGUGCACUGAGGAUGUCCUUUCGCAGCUCCGCGAGGGGCAGCCGUCGGUGACUGCUACCAAGACAGAGAUCCAGGAGGCGCUGUGGCACUACUAUAAUGAUGUAGAAAAGUCGGUCAAUUAUCUACGAGGCAAAAAAGAGAAGGAGAUCAAGAAGCAGCAAGUACCUGCUGCGUCGCUGAAGAAUAAAGCUCAAGAUUGGGCAUAUAUUCUAACUGGUCUCCCAGUGCCGGUGUAUCCAGCACCUAUUUCUCCUCCGAUAGCGCACUUUUCGGCUGCUGAAUUUUUUCGCGACUCUCCUUGGCUUAAUGUUCCACCCCACCGAAGGGCGGAUAUAUUGGUAGAGCCUUUAUAUCCUCGAAUGGGACUGCUGGGUGGUGCGGGUGAAGGUGGGGGCAAGGUUUCCAAACUUGCGGCACUGGCUGCAGCACGCAAACAGAAGGAAGGUAGCAAGGCUAGCUCCCCUCCAGAAGCGUCACAGCCUGGUCAAUCCGAAAAGCCAUCGGCUGGACAGAAGAUCUCUUUGCGCGACAGGCUCGCUGCGAGCAGAUCACCAAAGCCUGCUGAAGGUCUAGGUGGGCUGCGGCGAUUGGGAAAGCCUGCGCCUGCACCAGCCCAGAAGCCGACUUCACCGGAACCCGUGGACGUUGUCCCAGCUGUCCAAUCCGGAUUCUUGGAGCAAGCUGAAAAAGAGAUCAGCGUAAACUUAGAGCCAACACCGCCGCCUGAGAUCCGUGCGGCGCCUUCCAUGUUUGCUAGUGCCAUUCUUGGCAAUCAAUCAGGACCGACCAAGGCCGAGCCUAGCCACAUCCCUUCGCAGAACGUCGAUCUGCUCCAAAUAUACGGGCAGGACCAUACUGAACCUUUUGACUUUGCAGGUCCUAGCCCCGAUGAUGUGGUGCUCAAUGCUCAAAAUAAAGCUAAAGGAUUCAAAUCCAAAACUGCUGCCUCCAAGGCAGGCGACAAGAAGGGCCAAGCCGAUCUUGCUGGCGACAUGAAUGAUCUCUCAGUAGCGGAGAAAGUGACUGUCAAGAGCAAGAAUUUGGAUGUCCUCGCAGAAUACAACAAGUCAACACGGAAGAAGUCUGCCAACUUUGUGGUGAUUGGGCAUGUCGAUGCUGGAAAGAGUACGUUGAUGGGGAGGUUGUUAGCAGAUCAGGGGGCGAUAGACCAGCGUACACUGGAAAAAUAUCGCAAGGAGGCGGAGAAGAUCGGGAAAGGCUCAUUUGCCCUGGCAUGGGUUUUGGAUCAGGGAUCGGAGGAGCGUGCACGCGGUGUUACAAUCGAUAUUGCGACGAACCAGUUCGAGACCGAUACCACUGCAUUCACCAUUGUUGAUGCCCCAGGGCAUCGAGACUUUGUACCCAACAUGAUUGCCGGUGCCAGCCAGGCAGACUUCGCGGUCUUGGUGAUCGAUUCUAGCGUGGGCAAGUUCGAAUCAGGCCUCAAGGGCCAGACUAAAGAACACGCUCUGCUCGUGCGCAGCAUGGGCGUCCAGAAGAUUGUGGUCGCUGUCAACAAGAUGGAUACAGUCCAAUGGGACAAGGCCCGAUUUGAGGAGAUCGAGCAGCAAAUCUCAUCAUUUUUGACCACGGCUGGGUUUCAAGAAAAGAACAUUUCGUUUGUGCCGUGCUCGGGCGUGUUGGGAGACAACAUCAGCCGACGCAGUGAAGAUCCCCACGCAUCGUGGUAUGCUGGCCGGACAUUGAUUGAGGAACUGGAGACCUCGGAGCCUUCCACCCACGCGCUUGAUAAGCCACUGCGUAUGACGAUUGGCGAUGUUUUCCGUGGUGGCGUGCAGAAUCCGAUCUCGAUUUCAGGUCGCCUGGACGCUGGCAGCUUACAAGUUGGUGAUCAGAUCCUAACGAUGCCCAGUGGUGAGACAGCCUUGAUUCGCAGUUUGGAGGUAGACGGCGAGACCAGUGACUGGGCUGUAGCCGGUCAGAAUGUGGUGUUGAACCUGGCCAAUAUCGACCCAGUGCACUUGCGCUCUGGGGACGUGGUGUGUCGUUCGUCCUCGCCAAUCCCCACCAUCACCAGCUUUACAACCAAGGUUCUGGCCUUUGAACAUCUGAUGCCCAUGCUUGUGGAUGUACACCGAGGUCGUCUUCAUGUCCCUGGCCGGAUCAGCAAAUUGGUUGCGUCUCUAGAUAAAGCGUCGGGCCUGCCUAUCAAGAAGCGGCCCAAAAUUGUGGCUCCAGGCACAGUGGCGCGUGUGGUUGUGGAGAUGGAUACCGCGGUGCCUCUCGAGGCGCCGACGAGGAUUGUUUUACGCACCGGUGGAUCGACUGUGGCAGCUGGGUUGUUAGAAUAA